CCACCCCCCACGUGCUCCCCCCCGCGCCCGCACGAGCCGGACAAAAAGAAGCGGGCAGUGGUGGGGUGGCGCUAAAAAUAACAAGCAGCAGCGAGCGCCGCAGCCGCAGCUCUCCUCUCCAUCCGCCUCUUCUCCCGUGCCAAGCCAUUGCCACGCCCACGCACUGCACGACCAGCAGCAGAUCGAGAUCGGUCGGGAGAGCGAGGUCACGGAGACGGGAGCAAACGACGGGCCGGCGAUGUGCCAGGAGGUCGUCGCGUAGCUGCCAAGAUCCAGUGGUCCGUCCAACUGCGGAGCGAGCUUGCUUGCCCGGAUCGAUCGCGGCAGGUGAGGGGGAGCGAGGGCCUGUGCGAGAAUGGAGGAGAAGGUUGGGGAGACGACGGCGGCGGCGGCGGUGGCAGCGGCAGCGGCAGCGGGGCCUGUGGUGGCGGCGGCGGCGGCGGACCAGGACGGUGUGCCGUACUGUAGCGAGCAUCCGUACCCUCCUGGCGCCGCGGCGGCGGCGGCGGCCGGGGUGGGUGCGGGAGGUGGCGGCGGCAUCUGCGCCUUCUGCCUGCAGGAGAAGCUCGGUAUGUUGGUUUCUUCGUCCAAGUCCAGCCCUUUCCACCCGCCGCCAGCUGCGUCGGCUUCCUUGUCCUCUCCUCCGACGGCUGACUCGUCGGCGCUGCCACUCCACCCAUCCGCCGCCGCGGCGCGCAAGGUGAUCCCUGCCUCGGCGGCGGGCGGGCUCAAGAGGAGCAAGUCGGUGGCGCCGCGGCCGGAGGAGACUCCGGUGACGGUGCCCGCUCCUUCCGCGAUCACCGCGGACAGCCCGAGGAAGAAGAGCUUCUGGUCCUUCCUCUACUCGUCCUCGUCCUCGUCCUCGAGCGGCCACCAGAGCGCGUCGUCCUCGGCGUCGUUGGGUAACGGUGGCGGCGGCGCGUCCGCGAGGAGGAAGUCGGUGUCGGUGGCCUCGGCGUCGUCGGCGUCGCUGGGACGCAGGCUGGAGGCGAUAGUGGAGCCGGACAGCCCCGGCCACCGCAGCGAGGGGUCGUCGUCGUCGUCGUUCGGGAGGAAGGUGGCGCGGUCGCGCUCCGUGGGGUGCGGCAGCCGCAGCUUCUCGGGGGACUUCCUGGAGCGCCUCUCCACCGGCUUCGGCGACUGCGCGCUCCGCCGCGUGGAGUCCCACCGCGAGCCCAAGCCCAAGUCAUCCGCCGCUGCCGCCGCCGCGCUCGCCCACCUGGGUGGCGGUGGCGGCGGCAACCACUCCGUCGCCGGUGACGACGACAACGAGUACGAGUCCACCCAGCAGCACCGGAUCAAGUGCGCCGGGUUCUUCGGCGGCCUCGGCGCCGCGCCGCCGCCCACGUCCUCAUCCUCCUACUGGCUCUCCUCGGCCGACGGCGCCGCCGCCGCCGCCCCCACAAGAACACACGGCACGCGUAGCCACCGGAGCUGGGCCUGGGCGCUGGCGAGCCCAAUGAGAGCGCUGAGGCCGACGAGCUCCUCGUCCAGCAAGUCCAUCAUGGCCGCGCCCCACAACCGCGCCGUCUCCAACAACGGCAGCAUGCCGAUGGCCGCGGUGGCGACGAGCUAGCCAACCAACGACAUCACAAUCUCCAUGCAUUGGUUGCACGGUCAAUCACCCUCUCUCUCUUUCUCUUCUUGCUGAACUAUACUACUCCUUCGAUCACAAGUUGGUUACCUUUUUCUCGUGUGUGUUCUUGUUGUCCAUGGACCAUAUGGUUUAAGCUAUGAAUCAGUUCAUCUCGAGAUAAACUUUGCCUCGAUCUGUUCAUCUGAUUGUUAUACAUUUUUUGAUACUCUUUGGGUCUCUAGAGAUUUUACAUGUCAGUGACGGAGCGAUGAGUGGAAAGACACUGCAGCGAGUCGAGGAGACCGUACACGACGGACGGCACGAGGCAGGGUGGUUGAUGUCGAUACAGGGCUACGCAUGUGCACGUACACCUCAUGGAUAGAGGGCGUCGUGGCCGCGUGGGCCGCCUGUGUUGUUGUAAUGUCUCGGCCGUUAGCGUUGCAUGUGUGAUGGCGAUGGGCCGGUUAACAAAAUCCUCUCUCUUGACUGUAGAUCCAUACGGUCAAGUUUGAUUAGAUUCGCACCUCGCGCUGUUGCUUCUAUUCCAAAAUAUAACA